AUGCCUACUGGUAUCGAAGACGACUACUACAGCAUCGGCGGCAAUAGGCAUAGCGCAGCGGCCGACUGGUCGGCGACCUCGGGUCUUCUGGCCUUUGGUGCUGACCAGAAUGUGGCUCUUUGGUCGCCUUCAAAUGACUCUGGCCGAGGAAUCUCGACUCUGCUAAGCGGACAUUCUUCCAAGGUCACAGCCAUCAAGUUCUUUCCAUUUCAGCGAGAGACGUCAAACGAGAUCCUGGUCACUGGUUCUGCAAGCGGAGACAUAUUGAUCUGGAAACAAGAAAUUCCGUGCCAGCGAUGGAAUUGUGUGGACAAGGUAACGGCACAUGAUGGCACGGUCAACACUAUUGCCGUUUUACAUCAAAGCAGCGUUUUCGUCACUGGAGGGGCUGAUGGCAAAAUUAAGUUAUGGAGAGUCAGCGAGGAUAAACUUGCGGCCACAGCUACACUCCUCCUCAGGCCCAGAUUCAUUCCCCUGACCCUCGCCCUUGGUCCUUUUCCCCACGAAUCUCCCCACAACUCGGCCUUUCUGGUAGCAGCAGGGACUCGGAAUGACAUUCAGGUGUAUGCUGUGCAGGACAGGUCCUCCACUCCAUUCAAACUCUGCGCCACGCUGACUGGGCAUGAAGCAUGGAUUAGAUCUCUUGCCUUGACAUCAAACCUAGAAGGAGGGUAUCUAUUGGCUUCGGCAAGUCAGGACAAAUAUGUCCGGAUAUGGCGCCUCCAACCUGGUGACGUGAUGCCACAGAAGAAAACCGUUGAUCCGACUGGCAUGUCAAGUAGUGGAAGCACUUUGACCGCAAAGGUUCAGAAUGUGUCCGCAGCAGGAUCCAAAUAUUCCAUCACAUUUGAGGCACUGCUUCUCGGUCAUGAAGACUGGAUCUAUUCUGCUGCUUGGAGUCCGCGGUCUUCUGUUCCACGGUUGCUUACAGCAUCGGCCGAUGGAUCCCUUUCCAUAUGGGAAGCCGAUCCAGCGUCAGGAAUCUGGAUCAGUGUUUCUCGUUUGGGGGAGAUUAGUGGUCAAAAGGGAGCUACAACAGCCACCGGCUCAACAGGAGGCUUCUGGAUGGGGUUGUGGGCUCCUGAUGGCAAGACGGUCACAUGCCUUGGGCGGACGGGGAGCUGGCGAGUCUGGGAAUAUGUGGAAAACUCAGAUUUCUGGACACAAAAAUAUGGUGUGAACGGACAUGUCAGCUCUGUCAAUGGGAUAUGUUGGGCGCCAGAUGGGAGUUACCUUCUCUCAACUAGUUCUGAUCAGACCACGAGACUUCAUGCUGAAUGGAAGAGAGGCGAGAAACGAAGUUGGCACGAGUUUUCACGACCUCAGAUUCAUGGAUACGAUCUCAACUGCAUUGUAAGCACGAAUCCACAUCAGUUUUCAUCAGGAGCAGAUGAGAAGCUGCUUCGGGUGUUCAACGAACCCAAGGACAUAGCUGGGAUGCUCUAUCGACUUUGUCAAAUCCCCUUGCCUUCCGAGCAGACCCAGCUACCAGACACCGCAGCGAUUCCCGUCUUGGGUCUGUCAAACAAAGCAAUGGAUGACGAUGACGAUUCUCCAGACGGAGUCGUGCCAGAGGCUCUUGAUCUCAACGCAACGUCGACCGAAAUUUCAAUGCUUCAAAGCCCACCGACAGAGGACUUAUUGGCGCGACAUACACUUUGGCCAGAGCAUGAGAAGCUGUACGGUCACGGAUACGAGAUUUCAGAAGCGGCCACACCCUUAGAUGGGAGUCUUCUUGCCACCGCAUGCAAAGCGAGCUCGAUCGACCACGCUGUGAUUCGUCUCUACGAUACCAAGAACUGGAACGAGAUCAAACCGCCUUUGACAGCACAUUCGCUGACCGUGACGAGACUUGCAUUCUCCUCCGAACUCCCUGAAUACCUGCUUAGCGUCGGGCGAGACCGACAGUGGGCGGUGUUCAAGCAAGCUGGAGAUGACUCAAGAGCAUGGAUCCGUGUUGGGAUGAAUGGAAAAGCACACGCGCGCAUGAUCCUCGACGCCGCAUGGCUCUCCUGCGCUUCUCAGCCAAGCUUUGCAACUGCAGGCAGAGACAAAGUCGUCAAGCUGUGGUCUCGAUGCCCGGAAUCAGCCGAGUAUGAGUUUUUCACCGACAAAGUAUCAAUAGCUCGGAAGUCUCCCGUCACAGCUAUUUCUGCAACGUCCAAUGCCAUCAACUCGUUCCUUGCUGUGGGCGAGGACGACGGGAGCAUCUCGUUACAUGUGCUCAAUGUCCAGGUGGAUAUUAAGGUUAUCAGAAGCAUUGAAGUCGAGAAAUAUCUCUGCCCUUCGAAAACAGUCAAUCGGCUCGCAUGGCGUCCCCACCCGCAUAAUGGAGGAGACGGGGAAAUUGGCCAUUUAGCAGUGGCUUCUGCAGACGGAUCGAUACGGAUCUUGAGGAUCGCCCUAGAAGGCAUGUGA